AUGACAACAGCAGGAAGGCCUACAUUUGAGCCUGCAAGAGGAGGAAGAGGAAAAGGGGAAAGUGAUUUGAGUCAGCUUUCCAAGCAAUAUUCAAGCAGAGAUCUCCCUUCCCACACAAAGAUUAAAUACAGACAAACCACUCAAGAUGCUCCUGAAGAGGUUUGCAACCGUAACUUUAGGCGAGAACUAGAAGAAAGAGAGAGAGUUGCUUCAAGAGAAAAAAUCAGAAAUUGUCCAACUAGAGAGCACACAACCUCAUCUUCUGUGUCUAAGAAACCUCGCUUAGAUCAGAUUCCUGCUGCCAACCUUGAUGCAGACGAGCCACUUACAGAUGAAGAUGAAGAUUUUGAGGAAGAAAGUGAAGAUGAUGACACUACAGCUCUAUUGGCAGAACUAGAAAAAAUAAAAAAAGAAAGAGCUGAAGAACAAGCCAGAAAGGAACAAGAACAAAAGGCUAUAGAAGAAAGAGUUCGAAUGGAAAAUAUCCUGAGUGGAAACCUUCUCCUUAAUCUCACUGGUCCCUCUCAGCCUCAGGCCAACUUCAAAGUAAAGAGGAGGUGGGAUGAUGAUGUUGUCUUUAAGAACUGUGCCAAAGGAGUAGAUGAACUGAAAAAGGACAAAAGAUUUGUAAAUGAUACCCUUCGAUCAAAAUAUCAUAAGAAGUUCAUAGAGAAAUACUUCAAGUAG